AUUGCAGCUGCCACUCCAGCUGGGCUCUAUGAGGGAGACAGUCACAUGAACGUGUAGCACAGACUCAAACAUCUGAAGAGACACGGAGGCUCUGUUUUAAGUGCAAAACAACAUGGCAGAAAGAGUCCACAGACUGAACCAAGAGGAACGAGGACAAUUACUCCCUAAUUUGAAAGCCUCUGGCUGGAUUGAGGUAGAAGGUAGAGAUGCCAUAUAUAAGGAAUUCUUAUUUAAAGAUUUCAACCAGGCAUUUGGUUUUAUGACUAGAGUUGCUCUCCAGUCAGAGAAAAUGGACCAUCACCCAGAAUGGUUUAAUGUGUAUAAUAAGGUGCACAUAACUUUAAGCACUCAUGAUUGUGGAGGACUUUCCCACAGGGAUGUGGCUCUGGCGGACUUCAUUGAACAGGUUGUUCCUUUUUAAUCAAAAGCUAAUACCAGAUGGAAAAGAACAAGAAGAAUGUAAUCUUUAUUACAAAAUCAAGCACAGCAUCCAAAUCAAAAGGUGUAAUGAAUAUGUGUGGAGGACAGUAGAAUUCACAUCUCAAAAGUUUUUAAAAUAAAGCAUACUUUUGCUUCUUUAGGAUUAAAGCUGAAAGCAAACUGCCUUUAUCUUUUGUGAAGUGUAAAAUGUUCUGGUAAAAAUAAAAAGAUUAAAUGAUAAAA